UGAUCAAGGGCAUCUUCCAUCGGAGGUGAAAAGCUUGAUGCCACCACGCGCACGCGCACUUGAGGACAGGACAGCACAGCACGAGGCUCACGAAGUCACGAGACGUCGCGGUCCCCAUCGUUGCCCCGGCGUGCUCUGGACGCAAUCGCCGAACGGCCGGCCGGGCCCGGCGAGACGUGGACGGCGCGAGCGCCGCACGCGCGUGGUUAACACUGGACGCACCCGCUCGUGCGAGACCCAAGAAACCCCAGAGCCGCCGAGAGGUACAAUGGCAGACGCUGGUGACGUCUCCGCCGUAGCCGCUGCCGCUGCCGCUGCCGCCGCCGCAUCGGCGCUGCCAGCGGGCAACGCCCAGCCGCUGGCGGGUCGCGUGGCCAUCGUGACGGGCGCGUCGCGGGGCAUCGGGCGCGCCAUCGCGGCGCACCUGUCCUCCCUGGGCGCGAGCGUGGUGCUGGGGUACGCGUCGCGCGCCGACGAGGCGGACGCGCUGGCGGCGUCGCUCCCGCGCGCGGUGGCCGUGCGGGCGGACGUCUCGGACGAGGCCGGCGUGCGGUCGCUCUUCGACGCGGCGGAGUCGGCGUUCGGCGUCGGCGGCGCGCACAUCCUGGUGGCCAACGCCGGGGUGAACGACGACACGUACCCGGCCGUGGCCGACACCACCACCGAGGCCUUCGACCGCGUGGUCGCCGUCAACCUGCGCGGCGCGUUCCUGUGCCUCCGGGAGGCGGCCAACCGCGUCCCGCGCGGCGGCGGCGGGCGGAUCGUGGCCGUGACGUCGUCCGUGGUGGGGAGCCUCCCGCCGGGGUACGCGGCGUACACGGCGUCCAAGGCGGCGGUGGAGGCGCUGGUGCGGACGAUGGCCAAGGAGCUCAGAGGCACCCGCGUCACCGCCAACUGCGUCGCGCCGGGGGCCACGGCCUCGGACAUGUUCUUCAAGGGCAAGAGCGAGGACAUGGUGCGGCGCGCCGUGGAGAUUUGCCCCAUGGAGAGGCUCGGGGAGCCCGGCGACAUCGCGCCGGUGGUCGGGUUCCUCUGCACCGACGCCGCCGAGUGGGUCAACGGCCAGGUCAUCCGCGCCAACGGCGGCUACGUGUGAUGUCUGAUCUUUAGCUUCUACAGCUUCUUGGUGUCGAUCAUCUUCUUCUUUUGUCACGCAGUGUUUCACCAUCUUGUAAUCAAACCUUAAGCCUUAUCGUUCUAGCACAAAUCGGAAUGCUUUCGCGCGUCCAGAAAUCGUAGCUUCGUGUUAGACAUUCACAAUGUUUUUCUUUCGUAAUAAAUCAGCCAAUAAUAUUCUUUGUCA